GCUCUUUCUUACCCAUAAUGCUUUGUGGGGACGUUGACAAGUGGAUCCAAGAUGGCGUAGAAAGUAAUGACAGGAAUUGGAUGAAGUAAUUGAUCACUAAUGAACUACAGUGCUGGUGAGAUGUGCAAGAAACUAUAAAGAGCUCUGAUGGGCUAUUUGGGUGAUGAUACCCAGUGCAGUGAACUGCAGGAUUUUUGUCCCUGAGUCAUGGAAGACAGAAGAGCUGAAAAGUCAUGUGAACAAGCGUGUGAGUCCCUGAAGAGGCAGGACUAUGACAUGGCCCUCCAGCACUGCACAGAGGCCCUACUUUCCCUUGGCCAGUACUCCAUGGCAGACUUCGCAGGGCCGUGUCCACUGGAUAUAGAGCGUAUCAAAAUCGAGAGUCUUCUUUACAGAAUUGCCUCAUUCUUGCAACUGAAAAACUACGGGCAAGCUGAUGAAGAUUGUAGGCAUGUACUGGGGGAAGAACUGGCCAAGGGAGAGGGUGCCUUCCGGGCGGUGCUGUGCUGCAUGCAGCUCAAAGGGAAGCUCCAGCUUGUGUCCUCCAUCCUUGCCAAGUCACUAUCAGGAGAGUCUCUGAAUGGGAUGGUAACGAAAGAUUUGACAAGACUCAAGACACUUCUCGCAGAGACCGAGACAGCAACAAGUAAUGUCCUCUCUGGAUGUCAUGUGGAAGACUUAGAUGAAGGGUCUUGUAACGGUUGGCAUUUCCGCCCGCCACCCAGGGGAAUCACAAGCAGCGAGGAAUAUACUUUGUGUAAAAGGUUUUUAGAGCAAGGAAUCUGUAGGUAUGGUGCCCAGUGUACUUCAGCACAUUCCCAGGAAGAAUUAGCAGAGUGGCAGAAAAGAUACGCCUCCCGGUUAAUAAAACUGAAGCAGCAAAAUGAGAACAAACAGCUCUCAGGCAGCUACAUGGAAACCUUGAUAGAGAAGUGGAUGAGCUCACUGUCUCCUGAGAAAGUGCUUAGCGAAUGCAUAGAGGGAGUUCAGGUGGAGCACAACCCUGACCUGUCGGUCACCGUCAACACCAAAAAAUCUCACCAGACAUGGACUUUUGCUCUGACCUGUAAGCCUGCAAGAAUGCUGUAUCGGGUAGCAUUGCUUUAUGAUGCUCAUCGUCCUCAUUUUAGUAUCAUUGCCAUAUCUGCCGGAGAUAGUACUACCCAGGUAUCACAAGAAGUCCCUGAAAACUGUCAAGAAUGGAUAGGAGGAAAGAUGGCCCAAAAUGGAUUAGAUCAUUACGUGUAUAAAGUCGGGAUAGCAUUUAACACAGAAAUAUUUGGAACUUUUCGCCAAACCAUAGUUUUCGACUUUGGAUUGGAGCCAGUACUCAUGCAAAGAGUAAUGAUUGAUGCAGCUUCUACAGAAGAUCUUGAAUAUCUGAUGCAUGCAAAACAGCAGCUGGUAACCACAGCCAAGCGCUGGGAUUCUUCUUCUAAGACUAUUGUAGAUUUUGAACCUAAUGAAACUACUGACUUGGAGAAGAGCCUUCUGAUCAGAUACCAAAUUCCUCUUUCUGCUGACCAGCUGUUUACACAGUCCGUUUUAGACAAAUCAUUGACCAAGGCUAACUAUCAGUCACGGUUGCAUGACCUGCUUUAUAUUGAAGAGAUAGCCCAGUAUAAAGAAGUCAGCAAGUUCAACCUUAAAGUGCAAUUGCAGAUUUUAGCAAGCUUCAUGCUCACUGGAGUUUCUGGGGGUGCAAAGUAUGCUCAGAAUGGACAACUUUUUGGUCGUUUUAAGCUUACUGAAACCCUUUCUGAAGAUACUUUGGCUGGAAGACUGGUGAUGACCAAAGUCAAUGCUGUUUAUUUAUUACCAGUCCCUAAAGAGAAGCUAGUACAGACCCAGGGAACCAAAGAGAAGGUUUAUGAAGCUACUAUUGAAGAAAAAACAAAAGAGUAUAUAUUUUUAAGGAUAUCCAGGGAAUGCUGUGAAGAGCUUAAUCUUCGGCCUGACUGUGACACACAGGUCGAGCUUCAGUUUCAGUUGAAUCGAUUACCCCUCUGUGAAAUGCAUUAUGCACUAGACAGGAUUAAGGACAAUGGUGUUUUGUUUCCAGACAUCAGUAUGACUCCUACCAUACCUUGGAGUCCUAACAGACAGUGGGAUGAGCAGUUGGAUCCUCGGCUAAAUGCAAAACAGAAGGAAGCUGUUCUGGCCAUCACCACACCACUCUCCAUCCAGCUGCCGCCCGUCCUCAUCAUCGGACCCUAUGGGACAGGCAAAACCUUCACACUGGCUCAGGCCGUCAAGCACAUACUGCAGCAGCAGGAGACGAGCAGGAUUCUCAUUUGCACCCAUUCUAAUAGUGCUGCUGACCUCUACAUAAAGGAUUAUUUACAUCCAUAUGUAGAAGCAGGCAAUCCCCAGGCAAGACCUCUCAGGGUGUACUUUCGGAACCGCUGGGUGAAGACUGUCCACCCGGUUGUGCACCAGUACUGUUUGAUCUCAAGCGCACAUUCCACCUUUCAGAUGCCCCAGAAGGAGGACAUUCUUAAACAUCGAGUGCUGGUGGUCACCCUGAACACUUCCCAGUACCUCUGCCAGCUGGACCUUGAGCCCGGGAUUUUUACACACAUUCUGUUAGAUGAAGCUGCCCAGGCCAUGGAGUGCGAGACCAUUAUGCCUCUAGCCUUGGCAACGAAAGACACGCGGAUUGUUUUGGCUGGUGAUCAUAUGCAGCUCAGUCCUUUUGUUUACAGCGAGUUUGCCAGGGAGAGAAACCUUCACGUUUCAUUACUUGAUCGACUCUACGAGCAUUACCCUGCCGAGUUUCCAUGUAGGAUCCUCCUCUGUGAGAACUAUCGCUCCCAUGAAGCUAUCAUCAACUAUACCUCUGAGCUUUUCUAUGAGGGUAAACUGAUGGCCAGUGGAAAGCAGCCAGCACACAAGGACUUCUACCCACUGACAUUCUUUACUGCACGAGGGGAAGACGUACAAGAAAAAAAUAGCACAGCCUUUUAUAACAAUGCAGAGGUGUUUGAAGUGGUGGAGCGUGUGGAAGAGCUAAGAAGGAAGUGGCCAGUUGCCUGGGGGAAGUUAGAUGAUGGCAGUAUUGGUGUGGUGACUCCAUAUGCUGACCAGGUCUUUAGGAUCCGUGCUGAACUUCGGAAAAAGAGACUCUCUGAUGUGAAUGUAGAAAGGGUGCUGAAUGUUCAAGGAAAGCAAUUCAGAGUUCUGUUUCUUAGCACAGUACGUACACGCCACACUUGCAAGCAUAAGCAGACACCGAUUAAAAAGAAAGAGCAACUUCUGGAAGACUCCACUGAGGACUUAGAUUAUGGUUUUUUGUCUAACUACAAACUUCUCAAUACUGCCAUCACAAGAGCACAGUCCCUGGUUGCUGUGGUGGGAGACCCCGUUGCUUUGUGCUCUAUUGGAAGGUGUAGGAAGUUUUGGGAGCGAUUUAUUGCCCUGUGUCAUGAAAAUCAUAGCCUACAUGGGAUCACAUUUGAACAGAUCAAGGCACAGUUAGAGGCUUUAGAACUCAAGAAGACGUAUGUGUUGAAUCCACUGGCUCCUGAAUUUAUUCCCCGGGCUUUACGACUGCAGCAUUCAGGCAACAGCAGCAGACAGCAGCAGUCACCACCCAAGGGGAAAAGCCUUCAUCAUCCCCAGAGCGACCACUUCCAGAAUGAUGGUGUUGUUCAGCCCAAUCCUUCUGUACUCAUUGGCAAUCCUAUUAGAGCAUUUACUCCUCCACCCCCUCUUGGACCUCACCCAAGUUUGGGAAAGUCUCCAAGCCCCGUUCAAAGAAUAGAUCCUCACACCGGGACAAGUAUUCUUUAUGUACCUGCUGUCUAUGGAGGGAAUGUGGUCAUGUCGGUGCCUUUGCCUGUGCCAUGGACAGGAUACCAGGGUAGGUUUGCAGUUGAUCCUAGGAUUAUUACACACCCAGCAGCGAUGGCCUACAAUAUGAACCUAUUACAUACACAUGGACGUGGAUCGCCGAUCCCCUAUGGCCUUGGACAUCACCCACCUGUCAACAUAGGGCAGCCGCAGAAUCAGCAUGCAGAGAAGGAUCAACAGGAGCAAAAUCGAAACGGUAAAACUGAUACAAAUAACCCUGGACCUGAAAUUAAUAAGAUCCGAACACCAGAGAAAAAGCCUACAGAGCCCAAACAGGUUGAUUUGGAAUCAAAUCCACAGAACAGAAGUCCUGAAUCCCGUCCCAGCGUUGUUUAUUCCAAUAUCAAAUUUCCUCGAAAAGAUAAUCUCAACCCAAGACACAUAAAUCUUCCUCUUCCUGCACCACACGCACAGUAUGCAAUCCCUGGCCGCCAUUUUCACCCGCUUCCUCAGCUACCCAGGCCACCAUUUCCCAUUCCCCAGCAGCAUACCUUGUUAAAUCAACAGCAGAAUAAUUUGCCUGAACAACCAAAUCAGGUGGCACCCCAGCCAAAUCAAGUGGCACCCCAGCCAAAUCAGGUGGUACCCCAGCCAAAUCAGGUGGUCCAGCAGCAAAGCCAGGCACCACCACAGGCCCCGCAGCCACUGCCUCAACUCUCUCCUGCAUAUCAGGCAGGGUCCACCAGUGCGUUUUUCAAUAAUGCAGCUGCUCACAGACCACAGUCUCCUCCCGCUGCAGAGGCUGUGGUUCCCGAGCAGCAGCCACCUCCCGUGCUUCCUGACGGCCACAGUCCGCUGAGAGCCAUCACACAGCCUGGUCCCAUCCUGGCAUCUCCUCUGAACAACUUUGUUGAUGAGAGCUCCCCAGGAUUGCCUGUAGGAGAUGCUUUGGAUCGAGUGCACGGAAGUGUGGCUCUGGAGACACUGAGGCAGCAGCAGGCUCGGCUGCAGCAGUGGAGGGAGCAGCAUGCCUAUCUCAGCCAAGGCAGCAUCCCGCAUCCACACCAUCACCAUCCUCACCUCCCGCAUCUUCCCCAGCCACCCCUUGGCCUCCACCAGCCAGCAGUGAGGGCAGAGUGGAAACUCGCUGGCAGAGUUGAGGAUGAAGCAGAGACACCGUUCUCAAGGUUUCAGGACUUACUCAGAGAGCUGUCUCAUCGUGAUCAAGGUGACACUAGAGAACAGGCUGAAAUGCCACCACCUCAGUCAAGACUUUUGCAAUACAGACAAGUUCAGACCAGAAGCCCACCAGCAGUCCCGUCUCCCCCUUCCACCACAGACCUCAGCAGCCACUUUGCUAACUUUAAUGACAACAGCAGAGACAUUGAAGCAGCCAACAACCCAGCAUUCCCACAGCGCCUCCCACCUCAGCUCUUCGGCUCCCCCUUUUCGUUGCCCUCUGAACACCUUGCCCCACCUUCCCUGAAAUAUCUGGCUCCUGAAGGAGCGUGGAAUUUUGCUAACUUGCAACAGAAUCACUUAAUAGGGCCGGGUUUUCCCUAUGGCCUACCUCCAUUGCCUCCCAGGCCACCGCAGAACCCUUUUGUACACAUCCAGAACCAUCAACAUGCUGUUGGUCAAGAGCCAUUUCACCCACUGUCAGCUCGCACAGUGUCUUCUUCUUCGCUCCCCAGCCUAGAAGAGUAUGAGCCCAGAGGACCUGGUCGGCCCUUGUACCAAAGAAGAAUUUCAUCUAGCUCAGCCCAGCCUUGUGUGGAAGAGGCAAGUACUCCACAAGGCAGCCUGGCUCAGGGCAAAGAACUGCAGGACCGCAAUCGCCCGCCUGCUUUCAGCUUCCCAGCCCCUGAGUCCUGGGCCAAUACCACCUCACCUGCCCCCUACCAGAACAUUCCGUGCAAUGGACCCAGCAGGACAGCACAGCCCAGAGAGUUGAUAGCACCACCCAAGACUGUCAAGCCCCCUGAGGAGCAGCUGAAGCCUGACGGCACGGAAGUGUCCAGUUCCUUCAACUACACGGUGCUGCAGCACCUUGGCCAGUUCCCACCCCUCCUGCCCAACAAGCAGAUCGCAGAGUCGGCCACCAGCAGCAGCCAGCAGAGCCCGGCAGGGAGCAAGCCCGCCAUGUCCUAUGCCAGUGCGCUGCGGGCCCCGCCCAAGCCCAGACCGCCACCCGAGCAGGCCAAGAAGGGCAGCGACCCUCUGUCCCUGUUCCAGGAGCUCAGCCUGGGCAGCAGCCCGGGCAGCAACGGCUUCUACUCCUACUUCAAGUGACCGCACGCACUCUCAGAGUGUUGAGGUCGAGUUUGUCGUAGGGUUGAGGUGGCAGGUUCCUCUGUGCACAGUCUCUGCGAAAUGUUGACCGCGCGCUCACUCGGCCCCCUUGCUGCUAGACCUGCGCCUAAGUUUAAAAGUAUAUUCCAUUACUUUGCAUUUUUGAUGUGAGUCAGAACUUUGACAGCUUUUAUGUAGAAUAAAAAUAUUUUUAAAUUUGUGUAUUGUUACAUAUGUUUGCAUCAAGCUAGCAGCUAAGAGGUUAAUUGUGCAACUAUUAAAAAAAAAGAAAAAGAAAAAAAGUUUGUCUAAAAUGUAUUUAAAAAGAAAAAAAUGUUAAGUAGCAUUUACAUUUAUUCAAUAAUAUUACCACAUGCUGGGUUUCUGUACCAGAAAUGGCCAGUUGUUGUACAAAUGUAUGUUAUUUUUGCUUAAAUUCAUUUAAAAUUUUUUUAAAUAAAGGGGCAGCAUCUUCUAAAUACUUUAUCAGCUUUUUUUUUUUUUUUUUUUUUUUUUGGUGACAGGAUGCUGUAUUCUAAAACUUUCAGAGUUUUAGAUUAUCUGUGACAUGCUGUUCUCUCCAUCAGCGUAGGGUAAAGGUCAAGGCCUUCUUUGCCCGUGUAUUCUGUAUGCCAUUGGGUUUUGAAAUGUGGAAAAAAAAAAAGAAAAAAGAAGAAAACAACAACAAAAAAAUCAGCAACCCAAAACCCAGUGGCAUAUUUAUUAGUUUUGUUGUUUUGGUUUUUUGGAGAAGGAACACUUACAGCUUGUUUUUAAUGUUAAUUUGAUAGUGUGGUUUUGUUGUUGUUGUUUUUGGUUUUUUUGUUUUUGUUUGUUUUUUAAACAAAUCAUGAAGCUGAAAAAUUUUUAGGAUUGUUGGUGCUUAGUAGACUUGAUAACUAUUUUAAAACUGCGUGAAUUUAGUGAAAAAAAUCUUCUUUCUCAUUCUGCAUGUGUGUUUGUAGCCUGGCCCCUCCUCCAGGGCAGAAAGAACUGUGCCGACUAAAGGUUUGGGUUUCUUUUCCUCCAGUGAAAAUUUUGGUACCUUAUUUGAUGUUUACAUUAAGAUAUGACAUUACACAUGGCAAUUCUAAGAUUUUUCUAGUUGUUCUGUGUGAGGAAGAUCAUAAAAGAAAAAAACAGUGUUUGUCCAAAAAUCGAUCAAAUCUAGGGCAUGUUUCAUAUCUUUUGAUUCUUCAGAAAUUCCCUCUUGAACUCAGUAAACAUAAGAAAUUUAAACAACUGUCUGCAGUAGUCUGCAGCCUGACAGUUGUUUUGAAUGAACAUGGAAAGGGAGGAAGAGGCUGUCCUUUCCAUGUGUUCUUUGACACAUUUGAAGUAAUGAAUGUCCUUAUCGGUUCCUGAUCCAGUAGCUCUGAUCUUAUAUUUCUGAGAUAUCUUGAGACUAUAAUAUAUCUUUUUUUUUUUCUUUUUAAAUUAAAAUGAGGCCAGGGGAUAUUUCAAAAGAGCCCACCUUCCUGAUGAUCAUUCGAGCACUGUUUUCUGGAAGACUCUUUUGAGAGAACUUUUUUAACUGGGUUGAAAGUGGCAAGGGGAAGGUAGAAUUACUACAUCUGUAUGAGUAGGGGUUAGUCUGUGGCAGCCAUCUAUGGCCUCCUGGAGCCCCUAGACAAUGUGGGAUAAAAGGCUGAGUUGGUUAAGGGCUAGCCAACUCUAGGACCAGUGAUGCAGCCUCUGAUUCACUUCCACCUUUGUGCUCAGGGCUGAGCCAUUGGUACCUGGCUUCCUGUCUCAGGCUGACCACCUCUUUUGAGGUGGCAGAUGUGGACCCACAAACUGGAGAUGUGUUAAUGGAUAGUACAAAUCACAGCAGGGGAGUGGAUCUAGUGAACCAGGGUACCACACUCUCUGCAUGAUGUGACAUUAUCACAUAUUGCUGGGCAUGUUUUAGGCUGAACAAGACAACUUUUGCCACAGGGCUCUGUGUUUUCUAACUCUGUGCCCAAACAAGAAGUAGGACUCCCCCAUGAUGAGGCUGUAUGUCCCAUCGGUGAGAGCCCCCACCUCCACACAUGCAGACACACAGGACAGCAGCACACGCUGGGCAAGUGUUCAGAGCCAUUUUGCUAAUUCAGACAGAACUAUACUGUUUUGGUUCCCCUCUCAUGAGCAGAUUAUUGCCUAGUUUUCUGUUUCUCAUACUUGAACCUUUAAAAAAAAUAUCAGUUUUUAAAUUAUUUAUGUUUAGUAAAGUCACAUGUGCUAUGCCCUAUCAUCUUAUAUAAAAACACUGAUGGUGGGACACCUUGGACGAGGAACCCAUCAGAAUGCAGUGACAUCCUCAAAGUGAUUAUUUCUAAGAAAUGACACUAGCUACUUAUUUGUGACUGCUGCGUUGUGAAUGUCUGAGUAUUCCCAUCUCUUUCUUGAUUCUGCAGCUAGUAGAGGAUUUGUCUCCGUGUUUUCCUAUUCUGCAUACAGGCUUAUUUUAGUCCUGCUCCCCAAUUUCCAGUGUCUGUCUUCCCAUCCGGGCUCAAAGGAGCCUGUUACUCAUGACCAGCAGCAUUUUAUAACAGUCUUCGGCAGAUCCCACCAGAAGAAGCAUUGCGAGUUCUCCCUGCUGGCCCUUCGCUGUUACUUGGCUAGUAUUAGCAGGGUUAGUCACUGUCAUGAAAAUAGCUUAUUUCAUUUCUCAGAUUCAACUUUAGAGCUCAGACGGAACAUACACACAUAUGUGUGUGUGUGUAUAUAUAUAUGUGUGUGUGUGUGUGUGUUUGUUUACAUGCAUAAGCACACCCUCUUUUUUUUUAAGAAAACUUGAUAGCUCUGUGAUGCCCUUUUCUUCUGGAUGGAUUUCUCCUGAGGUCAUUUUAUGAUUUCUUUGUUCUUCUGUUCAGUGGAGUUUCCCUGUCCCUGCCAGGACUGAUUUUAGUCACUUCACUACAACUUGAAGUAUUUCUUUUCCUCCCUCUCUCCCUUCCUUCCUGCAUCUUUUUCUUUCUUUCAUUCUUUUAUGUGAUCAUUCAUAGUGUUUAUGCUAAGUUUGAUCCCCCUUCCCCUCUUGAUUGAAAAAUAAGUUCCUGUUAAGAGUUGAUCAACCUCAUUCACUGUAUCCUGGAUUUUUUCCUGGUGUGUUUUUCAAAGAAGUCCAUUCUAGCUCUGCCAUUGCUAUAAUAUCUUGUCCUUGCUCAAUCAGUAGUUAAUUAUUGACCAUUCAAAUUAAUGACCUCGGUCUUCCUGUCU